AUGGCCUAUAUCUAUGGACUUCGACUCAGCCCUGCUCUUGAUGCUUCGGGACUUACGCACCCUGCUGACAGAUUUUGGCGCAGCUCUGGAUCCUGGUGCAUAAUGAUGCUCACACCUGUCGGCGUGGUUGUGCGAUUUUUCCACCUCUUCUUGGGGACCGCUCUUUGGGGCAUUCUUCUGGUUCUGGUUGAGGUCGCGCUGAUUCAAUUCUUUGUGAUUGUCCCUUUCUUGGGCGUCGCCCGACUGAUGAUGGAGCUAGAUUCGGCAGAACCAAUGCUGGACCUUACGCACAUCGGGCUGAAGACAAGACGGGAUUGA